AUGGCCUCCACACAAAGCCCCCCGUUUCCUCCGGAGUUUGCUAUCACAACUCCACGCCUACGCAUCCAUCCAUUUGACCCGGAUAACCUUUCUCACUGCGAGUUUCUGGUCCAACUAUGGAACACAGAUGACUUUAUCAACUCAUGUGGCCGAACCGGCAUCGACACUUCCGAGAAAGCUGCCGCCUUUAUCAGACGACGCGUCCUAGCAGACUACGCUCGCAACCACCAUGGCCAGUUUCUAGUAUCGCUUGUCGAAACCACUCCAGCUCCCAAGCUUAUCGGCUGCGUGUCGCUUAUGAAGGGAGCUCCGCCUGGCCCGCUCUAUCUUGCCCCCGACAUUGGAUACACGAUUCUACCAGAGGAGAGCGGGAAAGGGUAUGCUACUGAGGCAGCCAAGGGGCUUCUUGAAUACGCGAGUGGGGAGCUUGGCAUUCAUGGUGCCUUUGGAUUCUGUGCUGCGACGGAUAUGCGGAGUCGCAGGGUCUUGGAAAAGCUUGGAAUGGACUAUCGGGGAGUAGCUGCUUUGUCGGUCUUUGGUGGAAAGGAGAGUGCUGUUUAUACCUUACCUGGGAUGGAGAAAGAUCUGGCCGUGUAUAAUCUCACGGAGCAGCUGCAUGACAAAUGA